AUGAUGUCUUACCUCAAACAACCCCCAUACGGAAUGAACGGGCUGGGCCUGGCCGGGCCCGCCAUGGAUCUCCUGCAUCCCUCCGUGGGAUACCCGGCCACUCCGCGGAAGCAGCGGCGGGAGCGCACCACCUUCACGCGUUCACAGCUGGACGUGCUCGAGGCGCUCUUCGCCAAGACUCGCUACCCUGACAUCUUCAUGCGCGAGGAGGUGGCGCUCAAGAUCAACCUGCCGGAGUCCAGGGUCCAGGUCUGGUUCAAGAACCGCCGCGCCAAAUGCCGCCAGCAGCAGCAGAGUGGGAGCGGAACCAAGAGCCGCCCAGUCAAGAAGAAGUCGUCUCCAGUGCGGGAGAGCUCGGGCUCCGAAAGCAGUGGGCAGUUCACGCCGCCGGCUGUGUCCAGCUCCGCCUCGUCCUCUAGCUCAGCAUCCAGCGUCUCCGCCAACCCCGCGGCUGCCGGCCUGGGCGGGAACCCGGCCGUGGCCGUCGCCUCCUCGCUUAGUACGCCGGCUGCCUCAUCCAUCUGGAGCCCAGCCUCCAUCUCUCCCGGCUCUGCGCCCGCGUCGGUGUCGGUGCCCGAGCCACUGGCCGCGCCCAGCAACGCCUCGUGUAUGCAGCGCUCGGUAGCUGCAGGCGCCGCCACGGCAGCAGCCUCCUAUCCCAUGUCCUACGGCCAGGGCGGCAGCUACGGCCAGGGCUACCCCGCGCCCUCCUCCUCCUACUUUGGCGGCGUGGACUGCAGCUCAUACUUAGCGCCCAUGCACUCGCAUCACCACCCACACCAGCUCAGUCCCAUGGCACCCUCCUCCAUGGCGGGUCAUCAUCACCACCACCCGCACGCUCACCACCCUUUGAGCCAGUCAUCAGGCCACCACCACCACCACCACCACCACCACCACCAAGGCUACGGUGGCUCCGGGCUUGCCUUCAACUCUGCCGACUGCUUGGAUUACAAGGAGCCUGGCGCCGCGGCUGCAUCCUCUGCCUGGAAACUCAACUUCAAUUCCCCCGACUGUCUGGACUAUAAGGACCAAGCCUCAUGGCGGUUCCAGGUCUUGUGAGCCCAGGAGUGAGAAGAUGAAAAGAAACGCAACUACCUGCGCCCUCCGUGGUCCCCAUCCUAUUGCUGCUGCUGCACCACCCGCCUUGCCUCGGCUUCCCCCAAACUGAAUUUUCACCCCUCCCUCAAAGAUACCCGUUUCCCCGCACUGCCACCCCUAUCAGUGCCAUUUGCUUGGGGGGAGGGGUGUGCCCGCAAGCCCUUCUACCCCUUAGAUUGGGGGGGGGGGAACUGGUGCUUUGGCUAGGCCGGUUCGUUCUAAUAUGGGAGAGCUGUGUGCACUCUCUUUCAACCCCCACGAAAUUCCUAACUCCUCCUUCCCGUCUUUCUGGGCAGCUGUUAUGCACUUGCAGCCUUCGGAGGCCCUUUGCUCUGACCCGCUGUUUGAACCCAACACUUUUAUUCUUUCUGGACACUGGAGCCACUACUGGCGUGUUUCUGCCCAUUCGAGUGCUCCCACACACUACUCCAAGUCAAAACAACCACUAAGUGUUUCUCCCUCGCAGACUGCCGCCCCUUCAGCCGCCCUCGAUUCUGCUCCCCUCCUGCAGGCCAGAGCUC